AUGUCAUCUAAUCAACGGGGUGGUUUUGGUCGAGGUUAUCAAAGUCUUGGAGAAAAUGUGACAAAUAAACGACGAGAUCGUCAUGAAGGCUUCGAUUUAUAUCGUGAACUAGAAAGUAAUCAUCCACUUCGAAAAUUAUUUGAACAAAAUCCAAAUAGUGAUAAGUUACCAGAUUAUCGUGAAUUGGCUAUAGGAUAUAAUCCUUAUCCUCAAGAACCAUUACCAUCUGGAAUAUUUUAUGAUGUUAUCUCUGAAUAUAUAGCAAGCAUGAAACAUGCCGGUGAACGAAUAAUGCGUGCAAUAGCUCUUUCACUCAAUUUACCAUUAAAUUAUUUUGCCUCAACAUUUGACGAUUCAUUUUGGGUAAGAUUAUUAAAAGAAGAAAAAAUGCUGAACUAG